AUGCCUUAGUUAGAUGAUAAAGCUCAGACAUAGGUUCUUGAAUUUGAUAACUUUAUGUUAGUCAACUUGUACUACCCAGCCCCUAAACCAUAAUUCUAAAAUAUUGAGUUUAUAAUGAAUGUCUGGCAUAAAAAAGUGAGUUUAUUCCUUAAAUAAGUUAGAUCUGAUAGUUCUAAACCUUUAAUAAUUUGUGGAGAUUUUAAUAUAAUUAUGAGUAAAAUAGACACUUCAAGCAAAUGA